AUGACUGACGAGAAAUCCAUCACUCCGACGGCGAAUCUGGAGACCACUGGCGACGGAAACAUGACCGAUUUGACUUCUUUGAUUCAGGGUGUCCUCCAACAGACACAAGAUCGAUUCCAGCACAUGUCGGAUCAAAUUAUCCGCAGAAUUGACGAUAUGACUCAGAGAAUCGACGAUUUGGAGAAGAAUAUCUCCGAUUUGUUGCAAUCGAAUCAAGUCGACCCGCCCGCGACUGCUCAGUAG